GUGGUUACCCCACGCGCUCCGAUAAUCGAACUCUCUCCCAGAGCAGACAGCUGAUCGCUAUGGCUACUCGUCGAGGAGUUGGACUUGGGGCCUUUGCCAAUCGCACUCAAGCCAGCCAGUCAUUUGCGAAUCAUGGCGCCAAUCUACGCUCCUCGCAUCUCUCCUCUUUACAGACGCAACUGUCCGUAUUCCAGUCAUUACUCCACACCUUCGCGCUGGAACACAGCUCCACGAUCAAAUCGAACCCGACAUUUCGAGCAGAGUUCGCUCGUAUGUGUAAUGCUAUCGGAGUCGAUCCCCUCGCAGCCAGCAAUGUCAAAGGCAAGAAUGCGCGCAAAGGGUUGGGGGAGAUCGGGAGUUUCUGGACGCAGAUCAUGGGUGGAGACAUGAACGACUUCUACUUUGAAGUAGCUGUUAGAGUGGUGGAACUUUGUCGAGCUACCAGAAGCGAGAACGGCGGGUUAAUCGGUGUUGAGGAAUGUCGGAAACGAGUAGGCAAGGGGAAGGCUAUUGGUAGUGGACUGGAGGUUACAGAUGACGACGUUCUCCGAGCUGUCAAGAGUCUGGAACCGCUUGGCUCUGGGUUCUCCAUUGUACAUGUCGGCAGCAAGCAAUAUAUUCGAUCGAUUCCCAAAGAGCUAAACACAGAUCAGGCUACUGUGCUCGAGGCAAUUCAGGUUCUUGGCUACGUGAGCAUCUCUAUGCUUCAAGCGAAUUUGAAUUGGGAGAAGGCUCGGGCACAGACUGUCAUUGAUGAUCUGCUGGCGGAUGGCCUUGUCUGGCUAGAUGCCCAAGCGGAGGAAAAUGAGUAUUGGUCACCUCAAAAUCUGCUAGAUGACAGUGGGUGAGUAUAGUUUGUCGAAGGCUACUACUGUCUGGUAUCAUAGUAUAUCCAGUGACACCUGAGGUGUUGGGACUGGCGCAAGUGUCCAGCGGGUACUGGAUGCAUGGGGAUAUAUAAUCAUUGCUCUUGUCCGGGGACAUCUCGAGACUGGACAGGGCAUGAAGAGUCCAAGAUGCAGUGGCUUGGUUUAUCCCGAGGCUGCUAUGGAAUCCCUCCCGGUCAUGUCAUAUAUAUCUUCCUCAAGUCUGUUGAGAAUCGUGCCAGAUUGAUGGUCGGUAUCAGGAUCCUGGAACGACCUUCCUAGCUUAUGGUUGAACUACUGGGAAAUGCUGGUUUAGAGCGUCUACGACCUGUA